GUAUGUAUGAAUGGGAGUGUAGAUGUACAUACGUAUGUAUAGUACGUGAAUGCCUGACGGUGCAGUUUAUGCAUGUUAAUAAUCACCAGUAAAAAAUAUUUUGUAAAUUAAGUGAUAUAAAUUAAAGAAAAGCCAAACAUACUUAAAUAAAAGAGAAGAAAUGCCUCAAUAUUCGAUAUUCUGUUUUAGUUAAAGUAAAAUGGGGAAAAGAACAUUUUCCUAAUGUAGAAGUUAAUACAGAUGAAGAACCAAUGUUGUUUAAAGCACAACUUUUUGCACUGACAGGAGUACAGCCUGAAAGGCAAAAAGUUAUGUUAAAAGGAAUGACAUUAAAGGAUGACGAUUGGGGUAAUAUCAAGUUGAAAGAUGGUAUUACUGUUUUAAUGAUGGGCUCUAAGGAAGAAGAUGUACCAGCAGAGCCAACUGAAAAACCAUUAUUUUUAGAAGAUAUGAAUGAAUCUGCAUUAGCUACUGCUUUAGAUUUACCAGCUGGCUUGACAAACUUAGGAAAUACUUGUUAUCUUAAUGCAACUGUACAGUGCCUAAAAACUGUUCCAGAGUUGAGAGAUGCUCUAAAGAAUUUUUCAGGAGGACUUGCAGCUGCUGGUAGUUCAUCGCUUGUACCUGCACAAAGUAUAACGGCUGCGUUAAGAGAUUUAUAUGAUAGUAUGGACAAAGGAUCAUCUUUGCCACCUGUUGUCCUUGUCCAAAUGAUGCAUCUAGCAUUUCCAAGAUUUGCUGAAAAAUCUGAGCAUGGUGGAUUUCAGCAACAAGAUGCUAAUGAAUGUUGGACUGAACUUAUUAGAAUGUUGCAACAAAAAUUACCAGCGAAGGAAAAUCCUGUUGCCUUAGAAAAUAAUGGACAAAGUUACAAGCCACGUUCAUUAAUUGAACAGUAUUUUGGAGGAACAUUUAAUACAGAAUUAAAAUGUAUAGAAUCUGAGGAUGAACCUCCUACUAAGGGAAAAGAAGAAUUUUUACAACUGAGUUGUUUUAUUUCUACAGAGGUUAAAUACAUGCAUUCUGGACUUAGAAAUAAAAUGCAGGAGCAAAUUACAAAAAUGUCACCAACUCUUGGCAGAGAUGCAGUGUAUACAAAAACGUCAAAAAUUAGCAGAUUGCCAGCAUAUUUAACAAUCCAAUUUGUACGCUUUUAUUAUAAAGAGAAAGAAGCAAUUAAUGCAAAAAUUCUCAAAGAUGUUAAAUUUCCUCUUGAAUUCGAUGUUUUUGAAUUGUGUAGCAGUGAACUUCAAACUAAACUUACACCGAUGCGAGAAAAAUUUAAAGAAUACGAAGAUCGUUUAGUGGAAGAAUCACGUAACAUAAUCAAUAGGAAAGAUAAAACAGAAAGUAAAAAGAAAGUUAAACAAGAACCGUUUUGGUUUCCAGAUGAUAUAGGAUCAAAUAACAGCGGUUAUUAUACAUUACAAGCAGUCCUAACACAUAGGGGACGAUCAAGUAGUAGUGGCCAUUAUGUAGCUUGGGUUAGACAGAAAAGUGAUACAUGGUUAAAAUGUGACGAUGAGAACGUUACCGCUGUAACUAGUGAAGAAGUACUAAAACUUAGCGGUGGUGGCGAUUGGCAUUGCGCAUAUGUUCUUUUAUAUGGCCCAAAAAUUUUAGAAGUACCUGAUUCAGAUAACAAUGAGGAUUCACUUACUAAAUAAUUCUUAUAUAUAUAACCAACCAAGUUUCCAUAAAGAUUAAGACAAAUGGAACACAAUUCCAACUUGCAUCUAUUCGAUAAAAAUGCAUUUUUUUUUUAUACAAACGGUCAUCAAUAUAAUUUCAAUAUUAAGGUCUAUAGAAUACCAUUUGCAAAAUCAAUGGCAGUUAUUUUCUACCGAAUUAUAGAAAUCUAAUAACGAUGCAUUACGUAUAUAAUUUUUACAUAAUGUGAAUACGCAAGAUCUAUGUACAUUCAUUGAUUUUAUACGCUUAAAAAAACGUGGUGAUAACGAAUCUUUGAAUUACAUAAAAAUAGAUAAUUGUAAACCAUUAAAGUGUUCUUUUAUAACAUUACAAUAAAAUUGCAAUUAAAAUUAA